GGCGGUGCGAUGGCCUCGGAGGAGCUGGCGCAGAAGUUGCAGCGGCGGCUGCUGCUGGAGGAGAGCGGGGUGGCGGCGGAGGGCGAUGAGCUGGAAGCGGAGGUCCCGGCCCCGUCCGAGGCGGGCGAGGAGGAGCGGAGCUGCCUGACGGCCAGCGCGGGCGCGGAGCUGAGCGCGAAGCUGGCCCGGCGGCACGACAUCAACGAGGGCGCGGCGCAGCCCCGCCGGGCCGCCGUCUUCAACCCCUACACCGAGUUCAAGGAGUUCAGCCGCCGGCAGAUCAAGGACAUGGAGCGCAUGUUCCGCCUGUAUGACUCAGGCCGGGAUGGAUACAUUGACCUGAUGGAGCUGAAACUGAUGAUGGAGAAGCUGGGAGCCCCACAGACCCACCUGGGCCUAAAGAACAUGAUCAAAGAGGUGGAUGAAGACUUUGAUGGGAAGCUCAGCUUCCGUGAGUUCCUGCUGAUUUUCCAUAAAGCUGCGGCUGGGGAACUUGAGGAGGACAGUGGACUGUUGACUCUUGCAAAGCUCUCUGAGAUAGAUGUGUCCAUUGAAGGAGUCAAAGGAGCCAAGAACUUCUUUGAAGCUAAGGUUCAAGCCCUUUCCUCAGCAAGUAAGUUUGAAGCAGAGAUAAGAGCUGAGCAAGAUGAGCGAAAGCGAGAAGAGGAGGAAAGGAAACACCGCCGAGCAGCUUUCAGGGAGUUAAAGUCUGCAUUUACCCAGUAAGCAGCCAGCCAACAUGUGCUCUGAUUGCACAGGACUUGGUACGUUUUCCACAUCAGGGUUCUACCUGGAGAGAACAGCCUGGAUCCUGCCAAGCAAAGCUGUAACAGAUUUUAGUCUUCCUCUCUUGAAGAUCCUUCCGAGUUGCUAAGGACACAACUCUUGCAGUUACUAUGCAUUCAUAAUGAUGUGAAUCAGAAGAGCUGUGUGCAUGCUGUUUGCUUUGAACUGUCAGGAGUACAUCACCCUGAAGUAGAAACAGCAGGUAGCAAAUCAUGGGUAAGCACUGACAAGUGUUUACCUACUUCAUUCUUUCCUCUUUCUGUACACUUUUCUCUUAACCUCCUUAUUCAUUCAUUCCUUGCUUACAUUCAAGUAGUGAGGGCUUGUGUAAAGCAGCGUACAAAGUACAGAUUCACUUCCUGUAUGUUUGUGCCGCUGUUGUCACACAUCCUUGACUUAACCAGUCAUCCUCAAAGCCCUGUGCUGCAGGCACUGAAAGCACUGUGAAGAGAGAAAGAGAACUACUAGGGACAGGGAUCAAAUCAAUUAUUUCCUGUAGCUUUUUUCUUCUGCCCAGCAUGUUGGAGAGUCUUCCAGUUUUUCUUCUCUGAAGUGCCAUACUAACCUUUCAAUAAGAUGCAGGAUUUCUGAGAACUUAGAAGGGAGGAAGCUGGCUCUCUAAAACAAGGAAUAGAAAACUGAGUUGCCUAAUCAUGUAUCUUUCACAUUCCAUCAUGUUUUGUGUACUAUAUGGCUUCACUGUGUUUUUCAGCCUUAGCUGUAUCUGUUUUUAAGGGAUAUUGCCAGAUGGAUGACAGAAUUGGAUGGCACGCAGGGUUUGUUUGUUUUCCAAUUUGGAUAUGUGCUCAUCCUGAAUCAUAAAGGUGGUGAUGGUGUUUGAUUUCAUUAGAGCCGUAACAGAUGAAACCAGCCCAGCAUCCUGAGCGAUCCCUGCUCAAGAGAGGUUACCACCUUCAGCUGAAUUGGAUUUAGAGGGCUUGCACUGUACGUAGCUAUUUGCUUUAACACACACGGGAAACUUGCCCACAAACUUUAAAUACCUGAUGCUUGUCUGGAUAUAUGCUGUAGGUUAUGACAGAGGGAAGCUGUGUUCCCCUGGAGAGACCUCUCAAAACAUGAAUUUGCUCAAAUUCUGGCUUUGCUGUUGCCCCAGUUGGUGCAUUUUUCUUUCUUUCUCUCCAGACCAAAAUGCAGCAGUCAUCUAUUUCAUUUGUCUGUUUUGCUUCUUAAACUAUGAGCACUAAACUGUGAGCGUGGAAUAACAAAUAGAAAAACCUCUACUCUUUAAUGUCAGGUGAAAGAAUUGCUAAACAAUUAAACUGUGUGUAUAUAUAUAUCUUCACAGAUUAUAUUUUAUAAAAUCACGCUUUUUUUAGCUAAAUAUUUAUAAUUAAAUGUUUUUAUACUUUACAACAAAGCAAAUAAUUUCGUCUUUGAUUAUUUUUCCUGUUGCUGAAAUGUACGAAUAAAGCAUCAUUAUCUCCA